GUUCUUGCUGUCCGUGUCGGGAAAAGAUUCGAUCGCUCCAGUUCGUAUUAAACUGUCGCUGAAUAUUGCUCCCAGAUCGGCGAUGAGGAAUAUCGUCUGGGUGAUCCUGCUCGUCGCCUGCGCGACACACACGUUUGCACACGUCGAUCGGAUAUACAGAUUAUGUGCUCCCUUCGAUACGAUAAGCGAAGAUACAUGCUACGCUCUACAAAAAGGUGAAAACGAAGUAAUAUGUUCUCGCGUAGAGGACAGCGCCGAGUGCGCUAUUCGCUUGGCCAGUGGUGAUGCUGAUUUUGGUAUUUUCACUGCGGAAGAAUUAUUGUUGGCAUACAAAUUCUAUCCAACUAUCAGACCCAUUUUUCAAUUAAGGCAUAGAGACAAGCAGCAAGAGAGCUUCGAAUUCGAAACGGUAGCAGUGAUUCCCGCAGAUUUAACACAAAUAUCUGUUCCUCCCCAUGAACGCCUUCAAAACUUGAGAAACAGUGGUUUUUGCCAUCCUGGUUUUAGUAAAUCUCAAUGGUGGAAUGAUUACAUUCUCAAGUAUUUCGAAAGAUCGGUGAAUCGUAUACAAUGCCAAGAAAAUGUGACUCUCAUUGAAAAUGAGGUCAGAAGUCUUAGAAAUUUCUUUGGAAAGGCUUGCCGACCAGGUGACUGGGCUGCUGAAAAAUCCGUUGAUACAGAACUAAAAAGAAAAUAUCCGCAACUGUGUGCUCUUUGCGACGACCCAACAACUUGUAGUUACAAAAAUGAAUUGAAUCACGGUCAUCUCGGAGCACUGGAGUGUUUAGCUCGUGGUAGUGGCAAAGUAGCAUAUGUAGCGCUCAGUUACGUUCAGCAAUAUCUCGGGAGGAACGAGUCGUUUCAAUUUUUAUGUAAAGACGGUAGUGUUAUGCCUUUAUCCACUAUUAAUCCCUGCACGUGGGUUAGACAACCAUGGAGCGUCAUCGCAGCAAAAAAAGAGAUUGCAGAAACGACGCCUCUUAAAACGAAAUUAUCAGAAUGGCUAAGACCGCCGGUGCGAGACGAUUGGAAAAUUGCUCUAAACAGUAUUAUACAGGAGGAUAAACAGAUGUUCAAUAUCACGGAGAAUAUGUCUAUGGUCACGUAUCUGAGUACAGGGAGAGACGUCGAUCUCACAGCCACUGAGAGCUGCGGCAGAACUAUCCGUUGGUGCACGAUCAGCGAUAUGGAGACCACCAAGUGUAACUGGGUGGCCAGAGCAACGUUGGCCCUUGGGGUGGCACCAAAAAUUUCCUGUGUCCAGGCAGAGUCCACGUUUCAAUGUUUCCGCGAUAUAGCUGACGAUCGAGUGGACGUAAUUACUAUUGAUUCCAACUAUGGUUAUCUGGCACGAACGGUUUAUGGCCUAUCAACAAUUCUAUACAGCGAAACUGAAAUGGAUAGAAAUAGCGUGAUAAUUGCGGUGGUGCCCGAACCCAAUGACGAUAAUUAUCCCGUAAAGAACUUCCAGGACUUAAAGAAUCGAAAAGUAUGUUUCCCCGAAUACGGCGGAAUCGGAUGGUUGAGCUUCGUCAACACUGUGAGAACGAGAGGCCUCAUUUCUGAUUCUUGCGAUUAUCCCAAGUCAAUAUCUAAAUUUUUGUCUGGCGCCUGCACUCCCGGAAUAAAAGAUAUCGAUCACUCGCGCACUCGCGCUACCACAGAUAUUUCGACCAAGCUUUGCUCGGCUUGCCCGAAUGAAAGUAAUACAUCUUGCGCAGCAAACGAAACGAACCACUAUUAUGGUGACAAAGGUGCCAUGCAAUGCAUCAGCGACGGAAAAGGCGAUUUAGCGAUCGUCGAAGCAGGAAAUAUCAUUGACGGCACUAUUGAUCCGAAUAUGUUCCGUAUCUUAUGUAAAAAUGGAAGUUUGGCCAGAAAUACAGGAUUUAAAUAUGACGAAUUUUGCGCAUUGUCAGUAACGAUCGAUAGCGAGGUUGUUGGUCGCAAAAACGACACGAGUUUCAAAACGGAUAUCGUCUUGGCCUUGUUAAAGAUGGAAGAUUGGCUCGGAUAUCGCGUAAAUACUCGGAGACCAAUUCAUAUUUACGGGAAAUUCAAUGGAACGUUAGAUCUUCUCUUUAAAGAUACAUCAUCGGGCUUGGUUUCUACAUCAUCGCAAAAAAAAUCAAUAAUAGCAUAUAAAGAACUUUUUAGUCAUGUAGAGGAAUGCUCGAACGGGUCUUUAAUAGCUACCGCUAAUUUUAUCUUUGUAGUCUUAAUCGCGCUUUACCAUCUUCUUCCCGUACACUAAUUGCACUGUUAAUUCCCAUACAGCACCGAUUAAUACAGAAAGCUUUCAGGAA